CUGAUGUCGCAGUGACAGGGGAGUGAGAGAGCUCCGGAGCUACCGAGUUUGUUGACAACCAGGUUAUGUCUGCAUGAAUAUUUAACAAACCAGCUAAUGUAGAAGUUAAAUAGUGGUUUGCGAUUCAUUUGUGAAGGAAAGAGUUAGCGCGCGCCGCUGCGGAGGAGUUACUUAGCUGAAUAAUUGAGCGUUAAAAUUGAGUAAAGUUAGCUAGUGCGUAAGUUGUGCAGUGUUAGCGAGCGAGGUAACGUUAACUCCGGCGUUCAGGACAGGUGUGGACAGUCAUGUAAUGUGUAGGGUAAAGGAAGUCCAGGUCCAUGGGUUGGCAUCGUGCUGUAGACCGACUCAGCGUGAGAUUAAUAGUUAACGCUUUAAUAUGAGUAGUUUGGAUGGACUGUUAGCCACAAGCUACGAGUAGCGACGCUCCGGCUAAGCCAAGCCGCCUCCAGCGCAGGGGGUUUGUUUUGACUUUACACCAGGGACAAAGUCAAACCAGGACCAAGACAAUGGAGACCACCAACACCAAGAAUAUUUAUGCGAAUCGCAAACGGAGGAAACCCGCCCCAAAAAGUGUAAAGGAGACUUCAGUUGAACCAGCAAAGUCAAAUCCCUCUAAAAGGCACCGCGAUCGACUGAAUGGAGAACUGGACCGGCUGGCCAGCCUGCUGCCUUUCCGUCAGGAUGUCAUCGCUAAACUGGACAAACUAACAGUUCUCAGGCUGAGCGUUGGCUGUCUGCGAGCCAAGAAUCACUUUAAUACUGUCCUGAAAACAAGCAGCUCUAACCGACCAGUAAACAAUAACCCAAAAACACAUGUUGGGGAUUUGUCAGAAGGUGAACUGCUGUUACAGGUCAUAAAUGGGUUUGUUUUGGUGGUCACUUCAAACGGGACAGUUUUUUAUGUGUCUUCAACUGUUCAAGAAUAUCUUGGGUUCCAUCAGUCAGAUAUCAUACAUCAGAGUGUUUAUGAGCUCAUUCACACAGAAGACAGGGCUGAGUUUCACCGGCAGCUCCACUGGGCUCUCAACCCCAGUAACUCUUCAGACACUGGCCAACUAGUACAAGCUAACCAAGAUUCACAGUUACCCCAUACAUAUUACAUCCCUGAGCAGUUACCACCAGAGAACUCAGCCUUUCUGGAAAGAAAUUUCAUAUGCAGAUUAAGAUGUCUACUGAACAAUUCCUCUGGAUUUCUGGCCAUGAACUUUCAGGGUCGUUUAAAGUUCUUGCAUGGGCAGAAUGAAAGGACUCCUGACGGCAAACCCAUUCCACCUCAGCUGGCCUUAUUUGCCAUGGCCUGUCCAGCACAGCCUCUGUCCAUUUUAGAGAUCCGUGCCAGAAAUGUCUUCUUCAGGACCAAACACAAAUUGGACUUUACUCCAACUGGAUGUGAUGCCAAGGGGAAGAUUGUGCUGGGCUACACAGACGCAGAGCUGUGCUACCGUGGCACAGGCUACCAAUUUAUUCAUGCAGCAGACAUGCUAUACUGUGCAGAAAAUCACAUUCGCAUGAUAAAGACAGGUGAGAGUGGGUUGACUGCAUUUCGGCUCCUUACCAAACAGAAGGGUUGGGUUUGGGUGCAGGCUAAUGCCAGACUUAUCUACAAAAAUGGCCAACCUGAUUUUAUCAUUGCCUCUCAAAGAGUACUAAUGGAUGAAGAAGGAGAAGAGAGCUUAAAGAAACGCAGCCUUAUGCUCCCCUUCAAUUUCACCACAGGAGAGGCUGUGCUGUAUGACAUGUACCCAACUAAGUCCUUUAGUGGCACUCCCUCUGGCUCAGAAUCUAUUGCAUCUGAUGCUCCAGGAGACAGUAACCAACAGAAACUCCCUGGUGGACUUGAUCCCAACUCUCUCCUGGGCUCCAUGCUGAAACAAGAUGAGUCUAUCUAUGUGUCUCCUUUAGGUUCAGAUGAGCCAAGAAGAGUUUGGAACCCUGAGGACGAUGAGGAAGAGCUUGGUGGGAUCUUUUCUAGUAACUGGCAGAAGAAUGUUCUUUCACUCCCUGAGAAUUCUCUCUUUAAACCAGAUGGUGCCCCCAGCUCCAGAGGGGAAGAGAGCAACUGUGAGAUUAUGAGCUUCAUGGGGAGUCUGGGGAUCACUCCAGAAGACCUAAAACUUCUACGCCAAGAAGAGCUGUUCCUUAACAUAGAGCUAGAUGACCAAUAUGGCUUUGAAGACUUUACUGAUGAUGUUCUCUCCUAUGUGCAAGAGUCUCUUAGGAAGAAGGCAGACUUUGCACUUUCUAGCAGCAUUCAGGACAAUCUGGAGGAGAGGUGUUUCUCUGGUAUUGCACCUCAACCACAGCUUCCAUCACAGCCAGCACCGAUCUCAUGUUUACAGGGUCAACAGCUAGUUUUACAUUCUCCUUUAAUGCCAAUGUCUUUUCUUGUUGAGCCUCCAGAGCCAAAGAUGCAGCAGUUUUUACCAAAGCAAUCCUAUUCACAGCUGCCUUCUAUGCAGGAUAGGCAACAAAAUCAUCAGGGAUCUCUUCAAGGACAGUUUCAUCCAUACGAAAAGCCAAGCUUAACGCAGCCUGUACUUCAGUUAAAUCCACAGCGGCAGGCUUAUCAUCCAGCGAAUCACAGGCAUGUGUACCAACCCGAGUCUUCGUGCUUUUUUUGCCCUGAGAAGCAUGGGUAUCACAGACUGAAGCAUGCUAAGGUGAAUUGUAGUGCCAGUCUCUCUGUUACAGAGAGCAGGUCAAUUGACCAGCAACUACCAGCUGAGUUACAGUCUGAAUUGCAGCAACAUGGAAACUUUUACCUGGAAACCAGUCAUUUUCCUCAGGGAUUUAACUAUGCGAACCAAGUAAACACUGUGUCUAUGAACUGCAACCAAGAACUACCCCCCUCCUACAUUCCGACAUGGCUCUCUCAAGUGGACGAGUAUCCAGAGGAGCUCCUACCCUGCUUGUAUACUAAGGAUCAGGAGAAGCAUUGUCAGACUGGAGAGCUUCAUGGAGGAAGUCAUCUCUGUGCACAGUCUAGUCUCAAUCGUAGUGUGCAUAUCCAGCAGCCUUAUACAAGCCAGAAUGGUGCACUUGGAAACCUACAGGGGAGCUUUGAAGAGGAAGGUAUCGGUGGGCCUGUAGCACAUCCUCCCCAGCAGCAUUCUACCGACAGCAGGAAAUAUCCAGGAUACAUGGGAUACAUGUAAACUUACAGCUAUAUACCUGUGUGGUAUGUAGAGCAAAGUAUGAGGAGCUCCCUGCUUAGCAGUGCUCAUAGUAGGAGAUGUAAGGACGAGACACUCAGUUUCAGUUUCACUUUAAACAGAGCAAUAUUAAAAGAAAAGAACAGAGGAAAAGGAUAGAAUAGAGAUAAAGGGAGUGGGAAAAGAGGCAGGUGUGGAAGAGUUAUGAAGCAGUAGCAGAAAAGUACAGAAGUAAAAAGCUGCUGGAAUUGAGCAAAAAUAUUGAAUAUUGAACUGAGCUGUGGGUUAACCCCAGUCAGGUCCAGGAACAAAGGGUAUCCCUGUGUGUGUGCAUGUGUGUGUGUGUAUGUGUGUGUGUUUUAUGUGGGUUAAACUGCACUUAUGGUACAAGAGGCUAAAGCACAUUUUCCAUUAUUCCAUGGAAACUAAUUAAGUUUUUAUCAUGGACUAUGAUUUAACAUUAUUAAUUAACUUCUGAUGUGGACUGCUGUAUUUUACUUUUUUUUUUUUUUUUUUAGAUAAGCGAGGCCAAAUAUUUUACCUGGAUUAAAUUGUGAAUUUUUCCUUUUGUAAACUGUGAUAUUUUUACAAAGCAAGUGACAAUCAUGCUUCUGCAGUAUUGUGCAUUGUAGUCAUUUUGAGAAGACAAAGGGUUUGAGCAUUCUACAGAAUUAUGCUGCUUCAUCUAAAUCAUUAACAAGAAUAAUAGAAAUUAAGUUGUAAUGAUUCACCAACAUAUAUCUGUGGUAUUUUGUAAGCACUGUUUAUAUGAAAAUACAUUGGUAGCUGGAUAUUAUAAUAAUCUGAGAAUCUUCUAUCUUUAAUAUUCAUCUUAGCAGUAUGUUUUAUACAGUAAUUUAACACUUUGAAAUUUGUUGCACUUUGGUUUGUCAAAACAUGCUAACACUUUUGAAGAAUUUUUGAACAGGUAUCGAUGAGCUCAGUGACUUGUAUGUGCAGUAGGAAUAAGUGUGUUCCUAAUAUGUUCAUUCAUCUUCAAUAAUCGCUUUAUCCUG